AUGGGGUGGCCACAAUGCAAUACCACCGAGGAGGACAUGCUCAUCACCGAGGAUCCCAUAUGGCAUGACUACACCUUCCACCGCCUGGGCCUGUGGCUGUCCGCCGUCUUCAGCUUAAUCGCCAUCGUCGUCUCCUUCUUCCUCAUUUUCAUGCACGCAACACAUUACCUCAAACCCUUUGAACAGCGCCACAUCAUCCGCAUCCUGUUCAUGGUUCCCGUUUACGCCGCCGUCUCCUUCCUCUCUUUCUACUACUACAAUCACAGCGUCUACUUCGAAGUCCUCAGAGACUGCUACGAGGCCUUUGCCAUCGCCUCUUUCUUCAGUCUGCUCUGUUCAUACGUCGCCGCCGACCUGCACCAGCAAAAGAUCUACUUUCGUUCGAUAACGCCGAAGAAUUGGGUCUGGCCCAUGAAGUACUUCCAGAAAUGUACCGGAGGCGCUGAGGCCGGUUGGCUGCGCACACCGAGGAGCGGCUUGACUUGGUUCAAUGUCAUCUGGGUCGCUAUAUUUCAAUACUGCUUCAUUCGUGUCUUUUGCACGAUUGUUGCCGUCGUCACUCAGGCCUUCGAUCGUUAUUGUCUCGAGUCGCUGAAUCCUGCCUUUUCCCAUAUCUGGGUCAUGGUCAUUGAGGCCAUCGCCGUCACUAUUGCCAUGUACUGUUUGAUCCAAUUCUACAUCCAGUUGCGACAGGAUAUCCAACAACACAAACCACUCCUGAAAGUCCUGGCCAUCAAGUUGGUCAUUUUUUUGAGCUUCUGGCAGACAAUGGUCAUCUCUUUCCUAACCAGUUCAGGGGCGGUCAAGCCGAACAACCAGAUACAAACUCCGGAUUUGAAGGUUGGCAUUCCAGCCAUGUUGCUGUGUAUCGAAAUGGCUCUGUUUGCAAUUUUGCAUUUGUGGGCUUUCAGCUGGAGGCCGUAUUCACUAGGAUCCAAAACAUACAUCGCAGAAACCGUCCCUGGUGAGACUCCUGGAGACAGAUCAUACAAGGGAGGUUUUCUCGGGUUAAAGGCAAUCUGGGAUGCUUUCAAUCCUUGGGAUAUGUUCAAGGCAACGGGUCGAGCUGCGAAGUGGCUGUGGCGAGACCGCAAACACCGACACAAAGACGCGAGUUACGAUCUAUCAAGGAAGACCACUGGCAGCCCCUAUCCCGAGAAUGGACAGAAACUAUCAAACCUCAACGGCCCAACAGCAUACGGCGACAGUGCUCUGCAAGGACGCUUUGCUGGUGGCGACGUUGAUGAGGGCCAAACCCUGUUGGCAAAUAGCCAAUCCAUGCCAAUGUCACGACCACAUAUCGCGCAAUUCGAUAAUGACCGUGCAGAUGUUCACAACGACUAUUAUCAUACUAGUGAGAUUGGUGUAGCAUCCUCAAGUUAUGGCGACCACCGACAACAACAAAAUUACCAAUAUCAACCGCCACAGCAGUACCAGACGUACGGUGGCCAGGAGACGGGUGUCGCCCCAGCACCCUACCCUGACCAGCAGCGCGAGCAUACUGGUCAAGUAAGGCGAGAAAAUCGAGUCUCAAUGCCCUAUGUCCCCAGUCAGCCAUUUCCUGGAAGUUCGGAUCCCAGGCAGAAAGAUGGUGGUAAUAUGCCUGGAGGAUUCGUGUAA